AAUCUCUACACUUUAAAGAGAACAUUUUAUAGAUUUUAUAGCUGUGUUGAUAACAGAUGGAUUUCAUAUCAGCAAUAUCUCAUUAAACUUACAAUAAAGGUUGAUAUUUAUCUUGGUAAGGGUUUUUCUGAUGCUACCAGCAUUUAUGAUUUAUAUCUUGAAUGCUAUAAUUUCCGUAAACUUUAACACUAACAGAUGGGCCAGCAUGAAAAGACUAAAGAACUCCGUCAUCUUCUCAGUCCCUGACAAACACGUUGACUUAGUCAGGCGUGCGUUACAUCAACAGCAUAUGAUGAAACUGUGACUAACAGAAAAGGAAGGGUUAUUUAUUUUGUCAUCUGCUACAGUUUUAGCUAAACUUCAAUAAAAUAUGUAUUUUAAAGUCUUUUAAGCAAAAUAUUACAGCAGUGAUCACUGUCCUGGAGUUUUGAUCUUCCUAUAAAUUUGAUUGUUUCAGUUGCACAUCUGAGACAACCAAAAGCCAUGUAAAACUGGCCUUCACAUGUUCAUUCAUAUAUUAUUACUUCUUUUUUUUAAAAAAUAAAGAGACAAUUUAAUUUUAUUUAUACCCAGCUUAGGGCGCAUUUGUUUUUAAAUUGAUUUUAAUUUCUAUUUUUCUCGCUAAAUGUACGAUUUGCAAUACGUAAUAAAUUAUUUUAUGUCGUGAUUUGAUGGACAAAAUUUACAAAACCUUUAAUAAGUGCAUGAAUGAAGCUACUUUUAUAGGUUUAAAACUAAAUAAACGCUGUAUAAUUUUGAAAUAUAAUACUUUAAGGUUCAGAUUUCAGGAUUUUUUUAUUUAUUUACGCAAUUUGAAGCUUUUUUUUCACAUCCCAUCUUGAGUUUUCACUUUUUGCAGUUGUGCUGUAGCAGGUGGUGUCCUCAGCCUGUCAUAAAAGUUAUGUAUUAAACCACAAACACAGGGUCGGCACUAAGCAGGAUCCUGCCACUGUACAAAACCGUCUAAACUCACCCAGUAGGGUUUUUUUUUUCUUUUUCUUUUUUUAAACAACCAAGUUUCAAUAAUUUUAGAGAAUACAGUCAGUCACAACAAAAAAUAAGGAAGUAUGCUACUCUUUAAAACUUCCUCUGAAUUUUUCUGGGUUUAUGCCUUAUGUUUCUUGCACCAUGCCUGCCGCAGGACUAGAAACAUCUUCGGGUUCACUACUAAGCAAAUGUUUCCUUCCACCUUGAAACUUUCAAUAGGAAAUACCUCACUUCUCUAUUUAUUUUGAAUAUGCAAUGAAAUGCUUUUAAAAUAAACAAACAGAUGAGGAAUUCCCAGUGGGCAGGACCUUAAUGAAAGUUGUGGAAUUUUUUGCGGAAUAAUCAAUGUAGUUCCUCUCUUGUGUACAAGUCUAAUUGGCACUACUUUUCUCGAUGGGAGGGUAUAUAAAUACAACUGCAGCACCUCUGAGGGCAUUUCUUAAUUCUACAACAUGAACAAUGCAGGUUUCAUCAACAAAAGUCCUGUGAAGGAUAGAUCUCUAACCCAUCAGCUCUGGUUCUGCUUCAGAUGGCUGCUUGGUGGCGAACAGUCUUAAUGGUUUACUGUGUCCUGGAGUCUGCUGUGGAGUCCACGCUGGUCCAGAGGAACCGAUACACAAACUCCUUUAGCCUGGCAAGAUCUACCCGGAGCCAUGUGCAGCAGCUGCUAAAAAAAUAUAAGGAGCAGGAGCUCGGUAAUUUGGAUUUUGACGACAGAAGCCAUCAGCUGGGGGGACUGCCUUUGCUUUCCACAGACUUUGAUAGCUGGCUGCAGCUGUCGGACUGGGACAGACUGCAUGCAGCCUUCUUGGACAUUCAAGCCUACUGGAAUAUUUUGGAAAGGAAAAGAGUCGAGCUGGAGAAGGAGGAAAAAGCUCAUUCGUGGCUGAGGAAAACCCGGAUCUCUUUGCCUCAGAGGUUCAGGCACAUUCAGCUGGACUUACGAGACCUCAUGAACCAAGUCAGCAGUCAGAUGAGAUUUACGAGGAGAUCUUGGAUAAGGCCAACACCUGCUCCGGUACACCUGAGCUCAGAGAGGGGCAGAGACUGGGACAGCCGGGUGGAGGGUUACAUCGCUCUGAGAGAUUUGAACCUUUACCUUACAAAGCUGGCAAGAGACUUUUUACUGCUGGCUUCAAAAAGACACUCCUGACACACACUUACAAACACUCUGGAACUGUGGAGAUAACCCUGAAUUAACAGAGUUAUCUCAUGAGGAGCUCUUGUUGCUGUGAGCUUUAUUUUUGCAUAGAAAACGGCAGACAUGUGGAAGGGUUUUCUUG